CUGCUAGUGGCAAUGGACGCGAAGAUAUCCCGACGUCUCUUUCCGAUAGUCACCGCCGCCUGCUUUCUACUGCUCACCGGUACUGCACGAUGUGAAGACGAAUGGCAAAGGUAUGAUGGCUGGUACAACAACAGAGCCCAUCCACCGUGGGGAUCGCUAAGCUCACCACUGAUACGCAAAGCAGAGCCGCAGUUUGCAGACGGAGUUUAUAAGAUGGUCAUGGAGAAUCGUCCGAACCCACGAAUUAUCAGCCAAGUCGUGAUGUCGGGCGAUGACGGCAUGCCUUCGUACCUCAAUAGGACUGCUUUUCUAGCGUUUUUCGGCCAAUACGUGUCAUUUGAGAGCCUCAUGACAAGCACCAUGCAUAUGGCGUCGUGCCCAAUAGAGAUUAAGGAAAUUCCACCGAUGAAGUGCAAGCACGAAGCUGAGCCUCACUGUAAGGACGACACGGGCACGCCAUUCCUGCGAGCUCCGUAUGCGCAUAUGUCUGGACAAGCUCCAAAUCGACCACGGGAGAUGGUGAACAAGGUGACGGGCUGGAUCGACGGUAGCGUCAUCUACAGCGUGUCGGAGGCGUGGGUCAGCGUGCUACGUGGCUUCAGUGACGGAAAGCUCGCUCAUGAGAACACAAACCGCGGUCCGCUGCCGCUCUACAACACGGAGCGAAUUCCGCUCGCCAACCCGCCGACACCGCACAUGCACAAAGUCAUGCCGCUCGAGCGCAUGUUUGCUAUGGGCGACAGCCGUCUUAACCAGCAUCCAGCAACUCUAGUCUUUGGACUGCUAUUCUUUCGCUGGCACAACUACCUGGCAGAACGCAUCAAACGGCAACAUCCGAGUUGGACUGACAAUGACAUCUUUAAUAGGGCCCGUCGUUUCAACAUAGCGACACUACAAAAAAUCAUUAUUUAUGAUUAUCUACCGUCGUUUAUUAAUGAAGAACUGCUUCCAUAUAAAGGCUAUGAUCCAGAUAUUCAUCCUGGAACAACACACGUAUUUGAGGCUGCCGCAUUUCGCUAUGGGCACACACAGAUCCCGCCGGGCAUGUACAUCGCGUAUUACGAAGGCAACCGAUGUCACUUUAGAAAGACGGAUAAAGGCUAUCCGGCCGAGCGGCUGUGCAAUACGUGGUGGGAGGCGCAGAAAUACGUGCAGAAAUACGGCAUCGAUGAGAUCAUUUUAGGAAUGACGUCGCAGAUUGCGGAAAGGGAAGAUGCCACUGUCAUCAGCGAUCUGAGAGAGAACUUGUUCGGUCCUCUCGAGUAUUCGCCGCAAGAUCUGGGGGCGUUAAAUAUCAUGCGCGGACGCGACAACGGUAUCCCCGAUUACAAUACCGUGCGAGAGAUGUUCGACCUAGAUCGAGUAGUAGCCUGGAAUCAGAUCAACCCUACAAUGUACCACAGAGACGGCUCAGACGUCAACACAAAAGUGAAGCAAAUAGCUGAGCUCUAUGACAACGACAUCAACAACUUGGAUUUAUUUCCUGUUGGAAUGUUAGAGUCGACCCCUUACGGACCUGGUCCGACCUUCAAAGCGAUUAUCAAGGAUCAUUUUAAGCGACUGAGAGAUUCGGAUAGGUUUUGGUUCGAAAAUACCGAGAACGAAUUAUUUACCGCAGAGGAGAUCGCCGAAAUCAAAUCUUUUACAUUGUAUGACAUCAUCACGAAGGUUACCAAUAUCACAACGUCUCAGAUACAAAAAGAUGUUUUCUUCCUCGCUGACGAUGCCCCCUGCCGGCAAGAACAUCAGUUAAAGAGCAGCUGGUUGAAUCCGUGCUCAGACAGAAGUCGUUACGAUUUCUUUAGCGGUAGCGAGAUGACUUACAUUAUUACGUUCAUCUGCGCCGGACUAAUACCAGUUGUGUGCAUUGCUAUCGGGUUUAUAACGGUGCGCAUACGACAAUACAAGAGGAACCGCGCUGAGACGAAGGGACAGGGCGAGUUGAAGUCCGGUCUGCGAUCUGUUGCAGCGGCACCGUGGCCUCUUGACAUGGUCAAGGUAGAUAAAGGCAUACUUGCAUACGAGCGCGUGCAAGAGAACGAAUUGCGCAAAGUGCAGAUUAAGCUGGGACCGGACGUGCCCAAGAUCCGCGUGCUCGGCCGGACGGCGCAGGUGCUGCGAGAGUUUGACGUCAAGGUCAUGCGACAGGUCGUGCUAGAAAUAUCGGACGACAUCCGCAACCCACCGAUCAUACUCAUCGCUAACCCGUGCGAAUACGACUUGAUCCUUCAGUUUGAUAGCAUAGAUCAACGCCAUAAUUUUGUAACCCAGCUAGAAGCAAUGAUGAAGAAGAACAGAGUGCCUUUAAUUAAGAUUAGUCUCAACUCCAAGAAGAUUUACUACGCAGCAAAGACGAAAGCCCAGCGGCAAAAACAUCUGAACAGAUUUUUCAAAUCAGUCUUUGAUCAGGCGUUCUGUCUUGUGCAAGGGCGCGUCGUCAAGGGAACGUCUGCACGAGAGGUCAUAAUGACAGAGUUGACAAAGGCUGAGUUUGCUGAGGCGUUGGGUCUGAAGCCAGAAUCCUCUUUCAUGGAUCACAUGUUCAAUGUCGUCGAUAAGGACCACAACGGAUUGAUAUCCUUCCGAGAGUUUCUCGAUAUGAUACUUCUCUUCUCAAAAGGAACACUGGACGACAAGACCAGGAUCAUGUUCGAUAUGUAUGACAUAGAUAACAGCGGUUAUCUCGAUAGAGAAGAGUUCUCUAUGAUGCUAAGGUCGUUGGCAGAAAUCUCACGAGCCGAAAUAAAGGCAGAAGAGAUAGACAAACUGCUACUCUCCAUAUUCGCUAGCUGCGGCUUUCAGGAUAAAGAGGAGCUCACCUAUGAAGACUUCAACUAUUUGCUACAGAACUAUAGGGACGAACUUCUGGGCACUGGCACGGACAGUGAGCGAGUUGCUGCGAUUGGUCGGACUCUCAGCACAGCGAGCGAUAGUUCGAGUGCGAUUCGCGAGGAUCUGACACCGCGGUCGUGGAUGACGAUGAAGCUCAGUCAGCUGUCCGAAUACAUGGAAGACCACCACCUGCAAAUAUUUUACCUCGUCAUUUUUUAUCUGAUUGUAAUCGGCCUGUUCAUCGAACGAGCCGCCCACUACGCCUACGAAAAUGAACACAACGGUCUGAGGAAGGUCAUGGGCUUCGGAAUCAGCAUCACCAGUGGUGCAGGCGCUGUAAUGUCGUUUUCGUUCGCCAUGAUCUUACUAACGUCGUGUCGAAACACCAUCGAAAGGCUGAAGCAGACGGUGCUAGAGAAAUACGUUCCGUUUGAGUCUGCCAUCGACUUUCACCGAACAUGCGCCUGGACAGCCCUCGCGUUUACUGUUAUUCAUUGUAUCGGACAUGCCAUCAACUUCUACGCCGUGUCAACGCAGCCGAUUCACUACCUGAAGUGCAUCUUCUCGGAGCUGCACUUCGAAUCAGAAGCCAUGCCGAAAUUUGACUACUGGUUCUACAAAACCGUUCCAGGAAUCACUGGUGUGUUGCUCUAUAUCAUCAUGUGUAUCAUGUACACGUACGCCUCGCGUACGGCACGCAGACAUCUGUUCAACUCGUUUUGGGUCACCCAUCAUCUGUACAUCGUGCUGUACGCCCUGAUCAUCAUUCACAGUUCUGCGCGGUUGACACAGGAGCCGCGGUUCUUCUAUUUCUUCGUUGGCCCGGCGAUUCUGUUUGUUUUCGACAAGCUAACAAAUGUUAGGCGACAAAUGAUGGAAAUUCCAUUAUUGAAAGCCGAAGUGCUUCCAUCGGACGUAACACAUCUUAUAUUUCACCGACCAAGGAACUUUGACUAUCAUUCUGGUCAGUGGGUACGAAUUGCAUGUUCUUCGUACGCUCCGAGCGAGUACCACCCAUUCACACUCACGUCCGCUCCAUACGAGGACACCUUGUCCGUACACGUGCGUGCCGUGGGACCGUGGACGUGGAAGCUACGGGAGGUGUUCGACCCCACAAACAUCGGCAGAGGACCCUAUCCAACUCUCUAUAUCGAUGGUCCGUACGGAGAGGGUACACAAGACUGGGACAAAUAUGAAGUGACCAUCUUGAUAGGUGGCGGUAAUGGCGUCAUACCUUUCGUCUCGGUGCUAAAGGAUCUUGCCGAAAGAACCAGCCAGAAUAUCGGCGUCGCCUGUAAAAAGGUGUACUUCAUCUGGAUAGCGCAAAGCCAUCGUCAGUUCGAGUGGUUAAUAGACAUGCUGCGAGAAAUCGAAGACGUCGACAAACAGAACAUCAUAAAGCUUCGAAUCUUCAUCACCGAGUUUGUGCAGAACUUUGACAUCCGCACUAGCAUGUUGUACAUCUGCGAGAAGCAUUUCCAGCGUUUCUCCAGUCGCAGCAUGUUUACUGGUCUACGUGGAUUUACACAUUUCGGAAGGCCAAACUUCUCCGCUUUGUUCUCCAGCAUACAAAGGACGCACCUAAUGGUACCGAAAGUCGGUGUGUUUAGCUGUGGGCCGAGCUCUCUUAAUAACAGCGUGGCGAAAACGUGUGACACACUUAAUCGCAUGGGCAGAAUACCCUAUCUCAUUCACCAAUACGAGAAGCUUGGCUAGCCAGCUGUCGCAGAGCCCGUACGGACAACGGUAUAGAGUGCUUGCAAAAUCGAGCUGUAGCCUGAUACGUUAUCAAUGCCGAGUGUAUACUAUUGUAGAAUAAUUAGAGAGUUCGGGUAAAUAUGCAUGCACUGCAACUGUGUACGUAAAGCGCUUUUAAUCUAACCUGGCUAGCGUAGAAAUGUAAUUAGGUAAAAGUGCGUUUAAAUAUCAUUUCAACGAGAGUAACCGGCCGUUAAAUAGGAAACAUGCAUCACUGCAGACGACAUGUAACAGUAAACGUUUUCGGCAAUAUAUAUAUAUAUAUAUAUAUAUAUUAUUAUAUAUAUAUAUAUAUAUAUAUAUAUGUAGAACAAUCAUUGUGUUAGCUAGCCAAUCACGAAGGCACACUUCCCGAUCGAUCUAUAACUGAAACAUGACGUCAAAACAAAUCGAAGAUCAUUACGCCAAUAAAGUGUGAUCAAGAAAUUCCUAGUUCGUACGCGCUAGCUUUUAUUUUUGUCUUGGUACACACAUACUAAUUUAACACGUCGGUGCCCACAUUGAGAGUUUACCGAAACAUGCAUUUUCGUGAGGACCAACUUUAUACUUGGCGUCGGUUCCCUUAAACAGACUUGAAAAGGUCGGCAUACGUUACAGAAUUUAACCUUGGUGGCGGAAUCGAAUUAAACGUUUACGAAAUUACCCUGCCUCCUCGAUACCAUGAACCUAUUUAGUAUAGUAUCAAACGUGCUCAAAAACGUUUCAUUUAUCACUCUGCGAAAUCUAAAAUGUUACAUUUCAUUAAUGCAUGAAUAUUGCUUGAGGUAAGAUUCUGUGAAUGGUCAUAUAGGUAAUAAUCUGCUAGGGUUUCAUUUGCGCUGGCGAGUUAUGCUGUCGUUCAUUCAGUGUAUAUUUGGGUGGAUCCUAAUAUCACUUUUAUAAAUUUUUGACAGAUUAUUCUCGCCCAGACUGUAAAUAGAUAACAUUUACAUUAUUUAAUAGUGUAAAUAGACGAUAUCUAUAUAUCGAUAUCGAAUAUCUCUAUCUGGUGAUGACCUGUGCUGAAAGAGUGUCAAGUCGUUCCUAGUUGUCUGAAAUCUAGGCAGAGGUGAUGUGCACUUACCGUAAGUGCUAGGUCAGGAUCGAUGAAAUGCCAGAAGACAUUGCACGCAAUCAUUAUUUAAGUGCCAUACAAACUGCAAAAUUUGAUCAUACAUCAAACUAGUCAUAGCCAGGCUCAGCCCAGGUACGCGGGACAGUUUAGCACGCAUUGAACCGAGUCUGGUAGGCUCACUCAUGUAGGCUGACUUAGUCCGAGCCAGGUCGUAUUUGUUCCCGGAAAACGUGUACAGACUGCGAAAAUUGAGUCUUGGCCAUUAGUUUAAUGUAAGAUCAAAUUUGCAGUGUGUGCGGAGCCCAAUGUGUGUGUUGCCGUUGCUGUUGUAAUUGUUAUUGUACAAUCGUAUUUGUUAUUUUACAAUAAAUAAAUGUUUGCAAUAUCAA